UCUUUUAUCUGCGUCUAUCUACGCAUGGUCGUCGUACAAGAUUUUCAAUAUCAUUUUAAAGGUUACUUUUCGACAUUUAUCCCAAUUAUGAACUUGAAGUAAAGCCAAAUAGAUCGAAUUGUAUGUGGAACUGUGAUUAUAUAAAAAAAGGAAGAACUAAAUAUUUUGAAAACCAUAUAUGUAAACAAUUUUAUUACAAAGACAGAUAGAAUAAUGUAAUAUAAAUACAAGUUAUACAAUUUAAUAAAUACGAUAUCUUUCGAGUUAAAAGCACUAUCAAAAUCUAAAAGGAUAAUUUAAGAUUUAUAAGGAAGAAUGAAGAUGUAAAAAGGAAAAGAGGAGAACUAAAAAUCUAAGAGAACUUUGCUAUGAAAUCCUAAAGUCCUAUCUUUAUGAACGGAAAUCUAUAAAAGAAAAAUUUUUUUAUGUGAUAAACUAAAUAAACUACGCAUAUAUACAUUGAUUAUACAUUGAUUUUUGAUAGUCUUUCUUCUGUAUUUUAAACAUAUAAUAAAAAAUGCUAUUGAAUCUCUCAUAAGAUUGUUAUUCAAAUAAGAAAAUAAAAUAAGUUUAAUGCAUUAUACAACAUUUCUAAAAGAAAUAAAUAAUGUCAAAACAAACAGGAGUACUAGAAUUGGAUAAGUGCAUUUUGUCUCGAUUAUGGUAUACAUCUUUAAAUGUUUUUCAAAUAAAUAAUGACAAUAAUGUCUUGAAAGAAUUUUAUCACAGUUGUUGCAUUGAUUUGGCAGAAUUAAAAACUGUUGUUGAAAACUUGAUACAUUCUGCUAAUGAAGAGCAAUACCAAUGGAUUGCCUAUAUAUUGCUAUGGAGAGUCAUGGAUAACAAAUCGUCUAAUAUUAAUUGUGAUAUACAGCGUAAUAUUCAAAUACAAUUUGAUUGUAUACAAAUAAAGAAUGCCAUAGAGCUGUGUGAUAAUAUAUCAGCUUAUCCAUUAAAGGAGUUUGUGAUAUUUUUUCAGAAUAUAAACAUAGAUUGUAAUGAAAAAGAAACUUUAAACACUAUAUCCAAACAGAUUUUCACAUUCCUAAAGGAGAAUAUACAUUUUAAUCCAGAAAUUGUAUGUUGGAUUAUAAAGAAAUUAAUAUCCAUAGUUCCAUCUACAUGCAAUAUUGUUAGCAAUUUACAAGAUAUUUAUUUUUUUACACUGAAAUCAUGCUUAGAACACAUUCCAGUAAAAAAAAAUUGGUAUCUAAGUCAUAGAACAAUUGAAUCUUGUUCUCAAGAAACAGAUUCAAUCACUAAUGAAAAUUUUUUAAAAAUUAUUCUAUGUAUACUAUCAAAAAUGGAUAUAGAUACAAAUGCAGAAAUUGAAUUUUUAAAGACAAUUUAUCCUACGCUUUCAAAAGCACAUCAUGUUAAAGAUAUUGAACUUGCAUUAUAUUCAAGAAAAGAUGAUAAACUAUUCAAAGAAUGGCUCUUACUUUGGAAUGAAACACAUGCAUAUUCUGAAAGUGCCAAUAUUUUAUUUAUAGCAUAUAAAAUCAGUGAAAGUAUGUUUAAAUUAACAAAAAAUUUUAAAAUACUUUUAUGUGAACAAGAAUUACUUAAAAGAAUAAAUACAAGGAAAUUGCAUUGGUUAAAUGAUAUUUUGGACAUAUGUUAUAUUUUAACUAUGGAAAGAAAAUAUAAUGAAGUCGAAUUAUUGCUCUCGUGUGAUUUGCUAAAAAAAUUGUAUUCAAUUUUAUUAUUGAAAGUAUUAAAUGAUUGUCCGCAAGAAGAAAUUAACUCACUUGAAAAUUGUGAUAAUGGUAUCUUUAUGUGUGAAUCUAUCGAGUUUUUCUUAGAGAAAUGUUAUUCUGAUUUACACAAUGAUUAUGAUUUAAAUGAAUUGCAUAUAGUCUUAAAAAAUUACAUUGAGAUUGUGAAAUAUAUUUUACAUUGGAAAAGAAAAUAUUUUAUGAAAACGAGAUUAAACAUCAAGGAAUUCCAAAGUUUCCAAUCUGAUAUAUCUGAACAUAUGAUAUCUGUAAAACAGAUUUUUGCUCUUUUGCAAAAACAUAAUGUGCUUUCUGUCUUGAAGAUAACAACAAAUAUACACGAUCAAGAUCACAAUACAAUUAAAAAUUUAUUGGAAAAGUCUGGCCAGUCUGAAACUUUUCAAGCAUAUUGUUGCAUAAUAAGCGCCCUGAAAACUAUUUUGUUAUGUGAGUUUUAUAGUACAGAACAUAAACAGAUUGCUAAAUACUUCACUGAUAUGACAUCAUAUUUAUCUUCUUUGUUUCCUCUGUCAUUGAGAAUUCAAAUAAUAGAGAAUAUAUUUUCUUUAUUAUUUUUGCGUUAUGAAAAUUUUAAUGUUACAAAUGUCAAAGAUGAUAAUUGCAAUACGUCACUUGAAAGAACGGAUAUUGGCAAAUGUGUAGAAUAUGAGAAGACAGGCUUUGUAGCUAACAAAUAUAUUAUAAGAGACAUGCUGCAUUAUUUAUGGGAUAGUACUUUAGUUGCAACACAAGAAAUUGAUAGACUACAAACACUUGGAUUGGAAGAGGCACAACAGCUUCGUGAAAAUAUAUCCAUCCUUACAACAACAUUAAUGGAUGCUAAAUGGAAAUUGAAAUUUUAUAUGAAAUCUCAUUUUAUUGUAAAUAUUGGUAUUUUACAAGACGAAUCCGAUAGUUUUACAAAUAAAUUAGAACCUGUAAUGUCUGACAAAUUAAAUUUUCCACAUCACAUUAAGGAAGACACAUUCUUUUAUAAAGAUGACAAUACUUCAGAUGAAACUAAAAUUAAAUCUGAUAGCAGUUCAGAGUCUGGUUUAUUGGGCAGCAAUAGACGCAGAAAACGUUCCAAAAUUAAUACAGCAACAGCAGAUUUUGUAGCAAUAAAAAAGGAAUCAUCCUUUAUAAAUUUAAUGCUAGCCUCUAAAGAAAGUUUGGUUUUGCACUGUUUAUGGAGAAGCGAUUUUCAGAAGGCACGGGAAAUAAUUGAGAUAUUCCAUAUAGAAAAUACACAAGUAGACGGCGAGAUUCGAUUUUCAGAAGCUUUUUACACAUUUAAGCAGGAUAUAUCUAAAUAUAUUGAUACUUCAGAUACAAUAGACUUUUCUAAAAAAAAUUUAGGAACUUCUACAUUAGAGAACAUAAGAUUGAUUACACAAGAAGCUGUACAGUCUUCCAAGCACAUCAAGCAGCUCGAGACAUUUCUAGCAUCUCAGGAAUUACAUUUACGAAUGUUAAAUACGGAUCUUUUAACUAGCAAGAAAAUGUUAACUUUUAGCGUGCUUGACUUGAGCUUGACUAUCGGCGAAACCUAUCAGAUCUCGAGUAAUCUUUGCGACGUGGCCAUGAAAUAUUUAAAAUCAUACGAAACGUUUGACGGCAUAGAAUAUGCGAAUUUCUUUUUAAAAAUUUAUCAAUUGUUUUAUGACAGAAAGAAUAAUAUGUCCGUGACAAAUAUACUGUGUGACGCCAAAAAUCCGUUGUGCAUAAAAGACUGGAAAGAAAGAAACGACAUUUGGAGUGAAUUUGGGAAUAAUUAUCGUUUAUUUUGCAAUCUUGAAAGAACUGGGAGUGUUGCGACGCAAUAUCGUGACAAUAAUAAUUAUGUUUUAGGAUUAAAAACGAUAAGAAAGAUAUCUGAUAUUUUUAACAAUGAUAAAAAAUAUUUUCAAAAUAUCUAUUCUUAUCUGCAGCUUGUAUGCACUAUUAUUCCAAACAUCGAUGAUGCUAACAUAGUGACAGUGUUUGAUUUAUUAAAGACACCAUUGUAUUGUUAUUUUGGAUAUCAGAUAUUCGACUUGAAGAUAGAACCGGACAAGCUUGAAACAAUUGCUUCUAAUUUGCAAGUGAAUUUAAUAUACAGUAUUCUUAUAAAUGCAUGUCCGAAAAUUUCGUAUUGUAAUAAAAAAAAUUAUUACAAUAAUGUUAGAGAUUCCGGAUGCAUUAUAUUAAAUCAGAAACGAGAGGUUUCGAAUGUAAAAAAUGUCAUGGAGCCAAACCAAUGCAUUUCAGAAAUAUUGACAGAACUUCUGCAGGUUCUCUAUGAUGUAAGUUCGGAACGAUCUCGUCUGGACAAUUCGUGCUUAAGAAAUAUUUCUAAUCAUAUGGCCGUGCGAGCAGUGUUAAAUAAAACGUCAAGUCUCGCCAAUCUCGAUCUUAGUGAAUUGUCUGUAGGAAAUGAGACGCUGACGUUUUUCUUGAAUGUUUGGAAUGUUAUGUUCCUUCAUGCAAAUCUGGAUGUGUGGUCUAACGAUCCGCCUUUUGACAGCUUAAGGCGUACAGUGUCUUUGAUGUCAAUCGGCUAUAUGAUUGGUGAUCUAGGUCUGGUAACACUCGCCACUCUCAGAUCAAAACUAUUGGGCUACCAUGCAAAUGAUUUGAAGUUCUUAAUGUCAGUCGAGGAACUCAAUGAAUUAGCAUGGCAGGAUUUGGAUCUUGUACAGAAUCCGAGAGUUAUCUUCGCUAUGGCUAACGAGCUUUAUGGCACACCUGAAAUUCGUGUGUACGAGGCUGAGAAGUUAGAUACAAACUUGAACGAUGCGAUGCGUGAUUAUGUUUCAUAUUACUCGUCAGCUGUGUUAUUUGAUGAUAAUGAUUUGACGAAUAAUCCGACAAUGAAACGGAAAAUCAGCUUUAUUGAUAUUACCCAACAAUAUCAUCACUACGCAAAUAUUGAUAUCAAUAUUAAGAAUCUCUUGCCGACAGAUGGAUUUAAAAUAUUAAACAAAAAUAUAGAUUACAUCGCAUGCGAUUAUACAUAUGAAGUAGUAUUAAAAUAUUCUGAACAUGAUAUAUCUAGGAUCAGAACUACAAAUACCAUGGAACCAUCACUUUGGCAAAUUCGGAUGCUAAGACCUAGCUUACUGCAAUACCUGGAACGCCAUUGUUGGCUACUCUCUUAUCUUGUACAGAGGAUGCAUAAUGAAAAUUCGACUAUUUUGGAGAACAAUUAUGACAAUAUAAAAUGCACUGUGUGUCUCGAGAAUCUUUUAAAUUCUUCGUGGAUUGAUAAAUUAAAAUUAUUAUUUGACAAUAAUCAAACUCUCACCGCUAUUCACGACAGCAUAUCCGUGCAUAAAUUGUGGCGUUAUUUUGAUCAUAAAAGAGAUCAUAAUAUGCAAAAUUCUUUAGAGAUUUUAAAUGCUUUAGCUGACAGCGUCAUAAAACAUGAUACGGAAUUGCAACGCUUCAAGGAUUUAAUUCUAAGUCAUAUACUCUCCAAUUCGGAUGUUUUAUCUGUCAUGAAUAUGUUGCAAUAUUUAUAUCAAAUCAAAGAUAUACAUAUAUUAGUGCAGACAACAUUGCAUAAUGUCAACAAAUGGUCCAUAAAUGUAUGUGAGCAUGCGUUAUAUCAUGCAUUACAACAUGAGCACAAUUACAAAUUACCGGCAUAUUGUAAGCGUCGAAUAAACAACAUCUUGCACAAAAUAGCAAUUUUUCAUAAAAUGAUUCCAUAUUGUGCAAGCAAGUCCAACAGUACAUGGUACGAUAUCAUGUACUGUACAGAAAAAAUUAAUUCAUUUGAGAUUAUCAAAUCUUUGAUUUAUACAGAUCAAUUCGAAUUGUGCUUGGAGUGGCUAGAAUGUCAAGCGUUCUCCUUAAAGAUACAAUCUCCUAUGAUUCAAGAUUUUUUGAUAGGUCUUUUAAAAAACAAGCAACAAGACUUUCAGCAAGCUUUAAAGUUUCUUCAGACAUUACCGUUGAGCCAAUCGGUAAAGAUAUGCAAAGGAAUUCUCAAAAGAUUAGAAUCCAUUAGCGCGUUGCAAUUUGUCACUAACUAUUUACUGGAAUAUUCCAAAGUAACAGAUCAAUCCAAAUAUAAACAAAUUUUAAUCAGUCUGGAAAUUUUGAAAAUGUUGGAAAAUAAAGACAGAACACUAUAUAUUCAUCUGAUAAAGGAACCAUUAUUAAUACUGGAACAAUUAUUAAUGAAUUGCAAAAUUGAAAGUAUUCAAAAGAUUCUAAACAUGUUACAUGGAAAUUUACAGCAUGUUGACAUAGAUAUGGGUAAUUUCGAUAAAAUUAUAAGAUUCUAUGCCAGAAAAUCGUUAGAUCUUCGUGUAUCCGUUCAACGUGAUGGCAUCGAAAGUAAAACCAAGAAUAUUCCACAAUCUAAUGUAGAAGCUGAAAAUAAUGAAUUUAUUAUGCCUGUUAAUGUGCCCACGAAAGAGGAAUGGGUACCUAAUGAUAAGGCAAGAGAAUGCAGUUGCUGCAAAGCUGUAAUAUUUUCCAUGUUCAACAGACGACACCAUUGUCGGCGGUGCGGUCGUGUUGUUUGCGCCAUGUGUUCUCAACAUCGCAUGCAAGUUGCUGGUUACCCCAGUUCCGUAUUCGUACGUAUAUGCGAUGAUUGCAAACGUCAAACAGUAUUGCAGAUGCAUGCGACGCAAAGUGUCUCGUCGACAUCUAACAGUGAAAUGUUUGAUUGUUGGCGAUUGACGAAAGAUGAGAGGCACAAUCGCACUAUAAGGGAGGAGUUCUCGUUCGAGUAUGCGCCAAAUAUUUCAUUGUGUCUCGCUAUCCUUAACUUGCAUUCUGAUCACAAGAUGUAUACCAGCUUCUUACUAGAUCGUUGCGAUGAAAUGAAGCAAUUGCUCCUACCCGUUAGCGGCAGAAUAAAUCCUGAAGUUGAUCAUGCAGUGAUUAUUAAAAUGAUACGUUCUCUAUUGGUCGCAGCUAAAGUGAAGUGUGCGAAACUUGGUUUUAAUACUGGUCUUACACACUGCGAUCGAUUUCUUUCGCAAGUGGACCUUAUCACAACUCUAAUCCAAUCCGAUUGUUUGGCUCUGAUACCUACGGAUGAUCUAGACGAGCACACGUUGAGAAAAUUACGUGAUCUUCUCACUGAAAAGGAACAAUGGACAUUAGCAUUGGAUGUUAGUACAAAAGCGGGACUAGACACACAGGGGGUAUGGGCCGCGUGGGGUAAAGCUUGUUUGAAGAUAGGUUAUUUAGAUCAGGCGAGAGAGAAAUUUCAUCAUUGCCUCGACAAAAUCGUAUACGAGGAUUUUGACGAUUGGGUCGUGCUAUCUUAUUCCAAAGAAUUCGAAAAACACAGAAGAGAAUCAACGGAAAGCAACACAACUGUGGUGAAGAACAAUAAAAUUUUGGAUGAGAAAAAAAAAGAGGGUGAUGAUUAUUGGAAGAGAAAAGAAUACUCCAAGUGCCUCCGGCCUCUAAAGGAUCCACCAUUAUUGACGGAACUUCUACAAAUAUUAGAUAAUUUAAGCGUACAUCGAUUUCGAAUACAACAGUCGUCUCAAUCUACAUCCGAUGUAACGCAGGAAAUUUUUCAUACACUUAACAAUCUCAAAGCUCUUACCCAAAAUCAAUUUAAUACUAAAUAUCUGACUCCUGUUAAUCUAACAGUUUACUACCAAGAAAGUUUAUAUUAUCUAUUGACAUAUGGAAGCUACAGUUCCAUCUUACAAUUCUUUUUGAAGCAUAAAGAAUUUGAUAAAUGCCUGGUAUAUAUUUUGGAAAACGAUAUAGAAUGUGAUUUAUUUCUUAAUGGAGUUUAUUUAUAUUGUUUGAAGAAUGGCGACACUGAUAAACUUCAUGAUGCAAUGAAGGCAAAAGAUUCCACCCUAUUCAUUUGGAAAAAGUAUUUAAUAUUUGUCUGCCAUUUCAUGGAGAGAAAACAAUAUUGGAAUAUUUUAUAUCAGAUACAGCUCUUUAUGAAAGACUGUAUAAGAGCGUCCAUGACAUGCAUUCAUUUUUAUACCAGCGAAAUAAAUUCCUAUCUAGAUUUGCAUAACAGGGCACACUUUUUGCAAGAUGCGCAAAAACAUUUAGAAUCAGAAUUGCAAAUCGAAAGCUUAAGUAAAAAAAGAAAGGGCACGAAUUUUGCUCAUAGCAGUCAAAGUAUUCUAACAAUGGAGAUGGAACCAUCGGAAAUAGAUAGACAUAUAAACACUAUAUGCAGACAGAUGGAAAUCACAAAAUUUUUAGCAAAUUGUGAAAGAGAAAACAGAGCACCGACGGAAUUUUUAAACCUCUUCCCGAACAUUGAUAGCGACGAAUCUCAAACAUUUGAAUUGCCUACGUUGUUUGGCAAUCAGCAACAGAAAAUCCAUUUGGCUGUUCUAGCUAUAUUAUGUGGUCGUGAUAUCGAAGAAGGAUUCGGUAUAGCCUUUAGGAUAAUACAAGAUUAUAAUCUGCCACAACAGAAAAUAUAUUCUUUAGCUGGCCAUGUAUUGACCCUAAAAAAUGACAUAACCGCGAUCGAGCAAUUGAUCAAAUGCUGUCGCAGCUCUGGAACACCUAAUGCACAUGUAAUUUCUGAUCAUGUUUUGACACAUUGUAUGAAAUUACUAUCGAAUCGUUUAUACAGUGAACAGAAUCCGGUUCUUAAAAAUCAUAUAGAUACUUUAAUCAAGUUAAUAAUUGACGUAAAACUUAGGAUAAAUGCAUACAUUGAAAGCAAGCAAUUAAAGGCUGCAUAUCUUCUUGCUGUUAAACAUUCUAGAACACAAGAUAUAAAAAGAAUUUUAAAAGAAUCAGAUAGACUUGGUCAAAAUGCAAUUAAAACAAUAUGCCUUAAAUGGCUACAACAAGAACCAAAGAAAUAAGUUUGCAGAUUUAUAUUUUGAAAAAGAAUUGAGAACGCGAGAUAAUAUAAUUUCAAGACUGAAAUAAUGCUAAAUUAUCUUUAAGAUAUUUUAUAAAUAAUAUUUAAGACUUUUUUG